AGCUACUAUCACUUUACUAUAAACUUUUUUAGCGUGAACCAUAUUUCUUCUAAGACGGAUUUUUCUUAAGAAAAGUACUAUGAAGCCAAAAAACCUCCUUAUUUUUGAAGUCGUAGUAAUUGCACUGGUGAUUUUGUCAUUUACAAAUAAAGUUGACGCUUUGGGCAAAAAUUGUCAGCGUUGGCUGCAGGCAUGGUUUCCUAUAUACUGCACCAGUAAUAAAGACUGUCCUGAUAAUUUGUCAUGUUUCGUAGAGGCUAAAGAGUGCAGAAACCCGUGUAAUUCUACCAGUUGUAAGUUUACAGAUGAUAUCUGCUUAAUAACGAACCAUACAAUCAAUUGUACAUCAAAUGCUAAAUCAUGUACGAAGCAAAAGGAUUGUCCAGAUAACUUAGAUUGCUUGGAAAAGAAAUGUAGGGAUCCAUGUGAUGGAAAGAAGUGCGGUAAAGGUAAAAUUUGUGUGGUACAAGAUCACAAGGACAUAUGUGGGUCUAUUAAUGGGAAAAAUAAUAAAACUGAAUUAGACGGAAAAGAGCAUGUGGUCCGUGAGUGUCAAUGGUGGGAUUUUUUAUGUCGUGCUGGUUGGUAUUAAUAGAGUCCGGAAAAUAACAUUAUUGCUUCAAACUAUUAUUUAGAAUGAAUGGUGAAAGAUUUUAAAUGUAUGUCAUUGGAGAUUUGUAUUACGACAAUAACAAACUGUAUUCUUUGAGAAAUAGAGAUCUUUGGAUUAUAAU